ACAUCGAGACAAACCCUAAUUCUUUGAACACAUUCUGGUACAGGAACUGGAACACUGACACUUCAACUGCCCAAGUCGAUUUGCGAGUCUCCGUAUCCCCUAAUUGCGUAUACAUAGACUAGUCUAUACUCAACAUGCCCGGAGCGAGGCGUAGAAAGGGUGGUUCCGAUACAAAGAAACCACAAUCCGGAGAAGCAUCAUCCUCGUCGUCGGCAUCACCAUCAUUUAAUAAACCAGAUAAACCCCCAGCCCCCCCGCUUCCUGAUAAAAAUUAUAAUAUACAAAAACGAAAUGAAAAUGUCGUCAAAAAGUGGUCUUGUAUCGAUAGCUGUUGUUGGUUUGUAGGCUUCAUUUGUUGUUUUUGGUGGUUCUUGUUGUUUUUAUACAAUGCAAUGCCUGCUUCUAUCCCUCAGUAUGUCACGGAAGCGAUCACGGGUCCUUUAGCCGACCCCCCUGGCUUGAAAUUGCAUAAACAGGGGUUUGUAGCCAAGCAUCCUGUUGUUUUCGUUCCCGGGAUUGUUACCGGUGGCCUUGAAUUGUGGGAAGGCCAUCAAUGUGCUGAUGAUUUGUUUAGGAUGAGGCUUUGGGGUGGUACUUUUGGCGAUGUUUAUAAAAGACCUUUAUGUUGGCUUGAGCACAUGUCACUGGAUAAUGAAACUGGCUUGGAUCCUCCUGGUAUUAGAAUUAGACCUGUAUCUGGACUUGUAGCUGCUGAUUACUUUGCAGCAGGUUAUUUUGUAUGGGCGGUUUUAAUUGCUAAUCUGGCUCGCAUUGGAUAUGAAGAAAAGAAUAUGUACAUGGCAGCAUAUGAUUGGAGGCUGUCCUUCCAGAACAGUGAGGUACGUGACCAGACCUUAAGUAGGAUAAAAAGUAAUAUUGAACUCAUGGUAGCUACAAAUGGUGGGAAUAAGGUUGUCGUAAUUCCACAUUCUAUGGGUGUACUGUACUUUCUGCAUUUUAUGAAAUGGGUUGAAGCACCUGCUCCAGUUGGUGGUGGAGGUGGAUCAAACUGGUGUGCCAAUCAUAUAAAGGCGAUCAUGAAUAUAGGUGGACCUUUUUUGGGAGUACCAAAGGCAGUCACUGGAUUAUUCUCUUCAGAGGCCAGGGAUAUAGCUUUUGCCAGGGCACUUGCACCAGGUCGUGUGGAUUUUCAGACUCUACAACAUAUAAUGAGGAUGACUCGAACAUGGGACUCAACAAUGUCUAUGUUACCCAAAGGAGGGGACACCAUCUGGGGAGAUCUUGAUUGGUCACCUGAGGAAGACUACAAAUGUAGUGUUCAAAAGUUGAUGAAUAAUGAUAGUGAGAUAGUAGGUCAAACUGGGGAAGAGAGUUCAGAAAAUGCAAACUGUGUCAAAUAUGGCAGAAUGAUAUCAUUUGGAAAGGAUUUGGCUCAAGAAUCCUCAUCAAAAAUUCAGAGAAUGGAAUUCAGGGAUGCCCAUAAAGGCAAUAACCUUGCAAACACAUGCCGUGAUGUAUGGACUGAGUACUGUGAUAUGGGCAUCGGGGGUGUUAAAGCUGUCGCCGAUUAUAAAGUUUAUACAGCUGAUUCAAUUUUGGAUAUGCUGCAUUAUGUUGCGCCAAAGAUGAUGAAGCGUGGCGGGUCUCACUUUUCAUACGGAAUUGCAGACAAUUUGGACGACAAAAAAUAUGAACACUACAAAUAUUGGUCCAAUCCCCUGGAGACAAAGUUGCCAAAUGCUCCAGAGGUGGAAAUUUUUUCUAUGUAUGGAGUUGGAAUUCCGACUGAAAGAGCAUAUGUAUACAAACUUAGCUCUGCUGCCGAGUGCUACAUUCCUUUUCAGAUUGAUAGCUCUGCAGAGGGUGAAAACGAAGAAAGUUGUUUACAUGGUGGAGUUUAUUCAGUUGAUGGAGAUGAAACCAUUCCAGUGUUGAGUGCAGGUUACAUGUGUGCUAAAGGUUGGCGAGGAAAAACUCGGUUCAAUCCUUCAGGCAUCCGUACUUACAUAAGAGAGUAUGUGCAUGCCCCUCCUGCCAAUCUGCUGGAAGGCAGGGGAACCCAAAGUGGUGCUCAUGUUGAUAUUAUGGGGAAUUUCGCACUGAUAGAAGAUAUUAUACGAGUAGCCGCAGGGGCAAUGGGAGAAGACAUUGGAGGUGAUAAAGUUCAUUCUGAUAUCUUCAAAUGGUCUGAAAAAAUCAAUUUAGAUCUAUAGAGAUAUAAAUUUCUGUCACGAGAAAUUUAGAGUAGCCGUUGGUGGUUUCUGCUAACAUGAUAUGCAGAGAGAUUGCUGAAGAAAACAAGCAAAUGGUGAAAGCGAUUAUACUUUCCCUUGUGGGCUGCAGUUGGGUUGCUCAUUUCAAAUUUACUUAGAUAUCAUCUAUCUAUCAUUGGUAGUUGGCACCAUGAUUUUUUUCAAAAUUUUCCCCUUGAUAUACUAUCAUUAGGAUGGUGGAUACAUUCUAGUUGAUCGGUGAAUGUAAUUAUGUUGAGCAAUAAUAUAAUCUUCGGCCUUUUUAUUUCUUU